AUGGAAUCUGAAAUUUUACAAUGCCUCGCUGCGUCGCUAAAUACGGAUCCUAACGCGCGCAUGAGUGCAGAACUCAAGCUGAAUGAGCUUUUUGCUAAGCCAGAGACGUGCCUUGCGCUCUCCUCUAUAACCAAUGCGCAGGAUAUCGACGUGUCUUUGAGGCAGAUGACAGUUAUCGUGCUUCAUAAAUACGUCAAGGAGAGGUGGUCUCCUGUCUUCCCAUCGUUCAAGGGUAAUCCUCCAUCUGUCGAGAUCAAAUCGCUCGUUCGGGAUGCUGUUUUUAAAGCAUUGUCGGAUCCGAACCGCAAGAUCAGAUCGUCUAGCGCACAUACACUGUCCCUCAUUGCGAAUGCUGACUGGCCAGACGAAUACCCGAACCUUCUGGCUUCUCUCAUUGGUCUUCUGUCUUCCUCAUCUCUGGAUUCCGUGCAUGGCUCUAUGCAGGUUUUCAAUGAAUUUAUUAAGACCGACCUUACGGAAGAUCAAAUCUUGCCUGUACUGCGCGAGCUUCUUCCUGUUCUGCUGAAUAUUCUCGGCUCUACACAGCAUACGCCGUUGACUCGGGCAAAAGCCGUUUCUGUUUUCAGACAAUGUAUCACGACCUUGUACAUGGUGAAGGAACAGCAUCCACAGGCAGUUAAAGAGGCUACCAGCUCAAUUCUUCCUGUCUGGAUUGACGCAUUCAAACUUUUGCUCCGAGCGUCUCCUGAAAAUGACGUUCAGAACGUGACUUCUUGGGAUGCUCUUGCUAUUCGAAUAGAGGUGUUCCGAGCCCUUGACACGGUCCACCUCGGAUUUGCCAAAUCAUUAGCACCUCAUUAUGACGAACUUUUGGACAUCGCGCUUGCUCAUUUACGUACUCUUUUACCUACAUUUUCGCGACAUUACCUGUCAAAAUCAUCAAUUCCGCCUCCUAGUGCCUCUGAGGAAGAGCCCAUAGAGUUAUCGAUGCUAGGCUGCCCAAUUAUCGAUUUCAUAGCGGUGAUCACGCGAAACAGCAAGGCAAAAUCGUGGCUGCAAUCUUCAAACGUUGAGAGUCUUAUUAUCGCAUUGUGUGGUUGGAUGCAAAUGACGGAGGAUGACGAGGAGAACUGGGGAAACGAUGCAAAUGCAUUUGUUGCACAUGAAGAUGACGAAACGCAGUCAUAUUCCUUGCGUGUCGCUGGCCUCGAUCUUUUAGCCAACCUUCUUGAGCGUGAGCCUGGUGUAACAGUGCAUGCGCUUUCGCAGGCAGUCAACCGGCUUGUUUCUGAGUCGCAGCAGGCUCGCAAAACCGGGAAUACCGAGUGGUGGCGACCUUUAGAGGCAGCUCUUGUAGCCUUGGGCUCCGUGUCCGAUGGCGUCACAGACUUCUGCGAAGAUGAGGAAGAAGCGGGAAGACCUAAGCCAAUCAAUAUUGAGGUCCUCUUGACGGAUGUUAUUCCUCAAUUGCUUUCUUUAUCCGACUGCCCCUUCUUGCAAGGUCGCAGUUUCGUCUUUGCAAGCCAAUAUUCCAAGUUGCUGCCGUCUCAGUUAGCAGAUCAGUACAUGUCUGCGGCAAUCACCGUUAUGGAAAAUGAGAAUGCAGGAAUUCCCAUCAAAGUCUCGGCUGUGAAAGCUAUCCAAAACUUUGCAUCUGGAAUGGAUGAAUCGAUUCUGCUUCCAGUCGCUUUCCAGAUUGCUAAAGAUCUGGGCCCAUUCUUGUUAGUGACAAAUGAGGACACGUUGUCCCUGGUACUCGAGACGCUGUCAUCUGUUGUAAAUGUUGGUAAGGGUGCAUGGAUAUCACCCGAGCUAGCCGAGCAGCUCUCGACGGCAAUGCUCCGGGUUUGGGUACAUAACAAUAAAGAUCCUAUCCUGAUUUCGAUUCUGACGGACAUCUUUACAUCUAUUGCUAGCUCUUCUAAACCAGACGUCUACCAGUCCGUCGUAAAGACUUCAUUGCCAAAUCUGUGCAACGCUAUAACCACAGCGAAAUCGGACGAAUGUUGGGUUACUAGUUCCGCGAUCGAGUUAGUAACUAGUUUAGUGGAAGGUGCCCCUGAAGGUGGUCUAGGCGAAGGCUUCUUUGCGACGCUUGCCCCAUGUCUAUUCGAGUGUCUGCGCACGGCGGAGGACAGAGAUGUUCUGCAGAACGGAGUCCUGUGCUUGACAUGGAUUGUACGGAAAGACGUCAAACAAAUUCUGGAAUGGCGGGACUCUUCUGGGCAGAGUGGCGCAGACAGAGUUCUCGCAGUGAUUGCGAAACUGCUUGAGAACGAAGACGAGAGUGGCGGUCUCGUCAUCGGAGACUUAAUUAUCCAUCUUCUGCGUCGUGCAACUUCUUCCAUUGUUCCUGUCUUGCCUGAGUUACUUCAGGCAAUGGUUCGCAGGAUGCAGACAGCGAAAACUGCAACUUUCGUACAGAGCCUCGUUAUUCCCUUUGCAUUUUUAGUCCAGAGCGAACGUGAUACUGUCCUUUCCCUUCUUGAAGGCAUCGAUGUAAACGGCCGCUCUGGCCUGGAUAUUCUGAUCCAAACAUGGUGCGAGAAUGCUGAAGUGUUCCAAGGCUUCUGGCCAAGUCGUGUCAGUACCCUGGGCCUCUGUCAGCUGUUUGCAUCGGAACGUCCUAGCUUGCAGAACCUCACUGUCAAAGGAGAUAUCAUUGUCACUCCGGAAACAAGGGAUGUCAUUGUCACACGUUCGAGGGCCAAGAAGACCCCUCACGAAUUCACAAAAAUCUCCUUCCCUGUGAAAGCUCUUAAGCUUAUCGUGAAUGACUUACGCUCAGAUGGUGAAUCGGCCACCAUGGGCACAAUCUCGGCCCAGGCUGGAGUGACUGGGUCGGAUGAUGGGGUUCGUGAAGAUGACUGGGAAGACGAGGACAGUGUGAAUCCGCUAAACAAGGACGAAAUAGCCUUCCUGUCCGACAUGCUAGGGCCACGCGCUGGUGCCUUUGACGAGGAUAACAUUCCGGAUGAUAUGGACGACGAAGACCUGAAGAACGACCCCAUUUCGCAGAUGGACAUGACUGCGCACUUGAUCUCGUUUGUGAAGGAAUGCGCGUCGCGGAAUGCGAAUGGCUUCGCCGAUAUUGUGGGCCAGAUGAAUGCGGAAGAGAUGCUUGUAGUCCAGCGUGUCGUUAAUGAGUCCCGAGGAUAA